AUGUCCUCGGUGCAGGUGCCGCCCCGAAAACGCCGGAAGACGCAGCUCGCGUGCAACCCGUGCCGGGCUCGAAAGUCCGGCUGCGACGGGACGCGCCCGGUGUGCACGGCGUGCCAGAAAAAAGGGCUCCAGCAGCAGUGCACCUAUCAGGAGUCGGUGCUGCACGCAUCUUCGAGGCCGACAAUUUCAGAACUUCAAAAGAGGUUGGAGAGGCUUGAGGGGUCGCCUCUUCCACAAAUAUCUGUGCCUCCGAGUGGCAGUCCGCCUUUGCCGGAUUCCGGAGCUUCCGGAGUUUCCGGAAUCGCUCCGGCACGGCUAAUUGACAUCGGAGUUGAGACUGGUCUCGGCGACACAGGCCCGGGACUCCGGCCGAGGGUUUUUGAAGGCAUGCCGGCAAGCCAUCAUCAGCGGAAUGGAUCGACGUCCCACAACGAGGAUGAGACCAUCUACGGCCCCUCUUCAAACAUCUCAUUUCUCCGACAAGUCACUCUUGCCGCGGAUGCGCAGAAGCCAGAUGACUCGGGCCCAGAUGGUCCCGGAAACGAGACCGAGAGCACGCCUAACGUCCUCGGCUUCUCCACGGUCCAACCAAAAAGCCCCGAUCCCCUCCCUGAACCGGUGAUGCUACCCGAGAGAUGGCUUGCCGACAGCUUGAUGGAAUCCUUCUGGGAGUUCGUGCAUCCCGUCUUCCCAAUACUGCAUAAGCCAUCCUUCAUUGCAUCAUACGAGGCCCUUUGGAAGCCAACGAAAGAUCGAAACCAUAAGCGGGAUUUCAAAGACGUCGUGUUCCACUCGACUCUCAGCAUUGUGCUUGCGCUUGGGUCUCAACGAACCGAUCAGGUGUCUGUAGCGGAGCAAGCGAGCCUCGCUGAUAAGUUCUACAAGCAGUCUGUGAAGCUCAUAUCGGUAGACACUCUCGACCACUCUUCAUUGCAAGUAGUUCAGCUGCUACUUUUAAGAGGCGUCUACCUUCAUUACACGUCCUACGCUGAUCGCUGCUGGAAUACUGUUGGUAUCGCAGUGAGGGUAGCCCAGGGGCUAGGAUUGCAAAAUGAAGGGGACAAAAUGUUCACAGCAAAUCAGCUCAAACGUGAAAUGAGGCGACGUGUUUGGCAUUGCUGUUUGACUUUGGAUAGGCUUACUGCAACUACAUUCGGGCGAUCCGUCUUGUUGUCGAGGCAGUACUCGACACCGGCUCCAGCCAUCAUUGAUGACGAGUACUUAUCAGACACUACCGAAGGAAUCCAGGCAGCACGUCGACCAUCGUACCUAGCUUGCUUCGUGCACUCCCUGGCCUUGUUUGAUGUCUUAAAAGAAAUUUUGACCAAGUUCUACGGCGAAGGAGACUGCUCUGCAGACCUGAAAUCGCGAUCUCUCAGCGACGUACUUCAGCUUUCGGCAAAGCUAGACGACUUGAACGACUCGUUUCCGGUCUAUCUCAGAGAAGAUGCUGGCCUGACCCAGUAUGAUGAAAGUCUCAAAGGAAGCUUGCAGAUGCAGGCGAAUAUCCUGAAGUCAAGAGUCCUUUGGAUACGGCUUCUACUCCUGCGUCCAUUGCUCUUGGUAGAAGCCAAACAGACAGGCCAGUACAGGAGGGAUAUGCCCAAUUCAUCGGCACUGAGCGAUAGCUUUCGCCAUGCCGCAAACACGCUUUGUGUCUCCACAGCUCAUGGCGUGCUCCAAGAAAUGUACGAAAAGCUAGGGAGUGUGCGCCAAAACUCAGCAUGGCAUGUGUUGCUAUUCACCUUUGCCGCGGCAUCCACCCUAGUCGUGGCAACUCUGUGCCCUGAUCUCCAAGUCAGCUUUGACACCGAACCCACCAAAACAUCUUGGGAUCGUGCACUUCGGAUAUUCGACUUUCACAAAAGGCAUAUAACGUCAGCUACAAGAGGUAUUGAGGUUUUGCAACGCUUCCGGGACUCGGUUGCUGCUGUGUCGCGACAAGAUGCACUAGUGGGUUCAAAUGGGACAACUUCUCAAGCUUCAAACCCUGAGGGGCUUCAAGAGCAGGCCCAGGGUGACUUACUGCUGCCCUUCAGCUCCAUGCCUGGCAUGAGUCAAACACCAAUGGCUCAGGACUUUGGCGACUUCCUCAGUUCUGAUCUCCUCAAUGAGAGCUGGUUCAAUAUGCAAGGUAUAGACUUUAGUAACUGGUCAAGUUUGCAAUGA